ACGGAAUGCUGCGUUACGAGAGAUCAGGCGAAAGGGUGAUUAUAAUUUUAACAAAAAUGCCACCUGUGAGGAAAAAAUUGCUAUAAGGAGAGUAGUGACAGGACAAGCCUCCAAUUUAAUUACUUGCCCAAAUUGUUUUGGUGAAAUAAUGACCAGAAACUUUGCUCGACAUGAACGCAAAUGUACUGGACGGCCACCAAAUAGAAGAAAUGUGCUUAAAGAAGCUCGCUUUAAGAUUAUCCAGAAGGAAUUUACAGCGAAUUCUUUCAGUCAGAAACUUUUUCUCGCUUUCUUAGAGCCUGUUCAAGUUGGGCUAAUUCUACACGAGAUAUUAGAAGAUAAAUGUUUGAAACUUGUUGCUGAAAGAUAUUCCUUAAUGCAUCGUGGUUCAUACAGCGCAUUAAAGAACGAUCGCCAACAUUUGCGUAGAAUGGCACGAUUGAUUUUAGAUGUUAAAGACAUAAACCCCUCCAUUCUGGAUUUUGAAGAUCUGAUACUCUAUGGAGGUUAUGAUGCCUUACUAGAGGGAGUUUUCAAUUUGUGUUCACUUGACAAGGAAACAGGCGAGUUUGGAAAGCCAAGUCUGGCAAAAGCUUUACGAUCGAGUAUUACAUUUCUUUUAGACGCACUUAACGUUGAUUAUUUAACUCAUAAUCUUCCCACACAAUGUGAAGAGCGUGGCCGUUUCGACAAUUUCAAAACUCCAUGAUAAAAACUAUGGAAUCUAUGUUGGCAGGUCAGCUGGUCGAACCAGCUUGCAAAGAAAAGCAGCCAAAUUACAUAAUUUACCAAAGGCAAAGGACGUUAAAUUAUUUUCCACAUUGAUAGUUUCUGAAGCGGAGCAGGCGUAUCAACGGUUACAGGACGGUUUCGAUUUCGACACAUGGCUAAAAUUAGGAAAGGCUGCGUUGGCAAGAGUUAUUGUGUACAAUAGACGUAGAGUCAGUGAAGUUGCAAGUAUGUCGUUGGAAUUGUAUAACAAAAAAAUCGAACUUGAUGAUGAAAUACUUCAAUCCCUUCCAAUGUAUCAACGGGAGUUAGCGAAUAAAUACAAAGUUAUGACUUUGAUUGGAAAGCGUCUACAUAUAUUACAUGUGCUGUUGGACGAAAAUCAAUGCAGGUAUCUAGAUAUGUUUCUCCAAUAUCGAAAAGAAGCUGGUGUUCCCUAUUCAAACAAUUACCUUUUUGGUAUACCUACGAGAGCGAUGUUUAUCGAUGCUUCAGUUGUUUUAAGAGAUUACUCAGAGAAAUGUGGUGCUGAAGAACCGCAUCUUUUACGUUCCACUUAUUUAAGAAAACAAGUCGCAACCCUUUCCCAAUUGUUAACAAUGAAUGACAAUGAAAUCGGUCAGAUUGCAAAAUUGAUGGGUCAUAGUCAGAAAGUCCAUGAACAAGUAUAUCGACAAGACGAACUUUUAUUUCAACUAACAGGGUGGGCAAAAUUUUUGACUAUCGUAGAUGGAGAAGAACUCUUUUCAUACAGAGGUAAAAGUCUCGACGAAAUACUCACUAUUGCACAAGAUUUACCAGUACCUGAAGAGGAUCCGGCGUUAGACGAUCAUAUUACCUCUGAAGAAUUAUUAGGAGACAAUCUCAGUUUGGAUUCGUUUGAAACUACCUGUUCAACAGAAAGUACAAUCAACAGAAUGGAAACGAACCUCAUGCAGGAGGUAUCAACAGACACUCAAGUCUCACAAUCAGGUGUGAUAGAAUGUUAUACUACAGACAAUAUUACUGAAGUGCCUUCGGAUCGUCGAAAGUGUGACAAAGUUACACAUACUACACAAGAAGCGCUUUCUGAAAAAGUAGGGGCGAGAGCCAGUACUGAAGACCGGAGGAUUGAAACACCAAAGAAAAAAAUAUCGAGUCACAGGGGAACUUUGAACACGAAGUCACCAAAAUCGCAGAAAUCACCAAGAAAAACGACAAUCGCGGAGAUAAAGCAGAAAUUGCAAAUAACUCCUGUAAAGAGAAGAGGAAAGAAACCAUUCACCUCAGAGCAAAUGUCUUUAAUGCAGAGACAUUUUUCGCAAUACAUAUCCAGGGGUCAUUUGGCACCACCGAAGCUGUGUGCAGAAUUUGUUGAAACGAACCAGCUCUUCUCUGAUCGCAGUGGUCGAGACGUGUACAACUGGAUCCAGUAUCAGAGAACUAAGCGAAGAUGAAACUAGUGGAUCAGCUGUCUCUUUUGUUUUUUUUUUUGUUUUGUUUACAAGUUGUGAUAAUUUUUGAUAUUUUUGUAAUUUUAAACACUGACUUUACAUGUUAAUAUUGUAUUAAAUUUUAUAAUAUAAUAAAAAAUGUCUUAAAUUCA